AUGGCACCGCGUGAAUUACAGGAAUUGAAAAAGCAACUUGAGGAUUUAUUGGAGAAAGGUGUUCAACCGGACCCAUCUAAGGUGAAGGCUAUUCAGGAGUGGGAAUCACCAAGAAAUAUUUCAGAAGUUCGUAGUUUUCUAGGAUUGGCUGGGUACUAUAGAAGAUUCAUGAAGAACUUCUCCAUUUUAGCAAAGCCAUUGACUAAUCUGUUAAAGAAACAAGUGACUUUUCAGUGGAAUGAUAAAUGUCAAGCUAGUUUUGAGGAGUUGAAAAAUAGAUUGAUUACAGCACCUAUACUUACAUUACCUAUACAAGGAGGGGAAUAUGUAGUCUAUACAGAUGCUUCACUUAAUGGUUUGGGUUGUGUAUUGAUGCAGAAUGGAAGGGUUAUUGCUUAUGCUUCUAGACAACUUAAACCUCAUGAACGAAAUUAUCCUACACAUGAUUUAGAAUUGGCUGCAAUUAUACAUGCUUUGAAAACUUGGAGACAUUAUCUUUAUGGAGAGACAUUUCGGAUAUUCACUGACCACAAAAGCUUAAAGUACAUACCUACACAGAAAGAGUUGAACCUCAGGCAACGAAGAUGGAUGGAAUUAUUGAAGGAUUAUGAUUGUACCAUUGAUUAUCACCCAGGAAAAGCAAAUGUUGCGGCAGAUGCACUUAGUAGGAAGACUUUGGAAAGGGUUGCAGGUAUGAUUUCAUAUCAGAUGAGUUCCUUAAUUUCGCUAAGAGCUAUGGAUAUGCAUUUUUCUAUAAAGAAUGGGGUAUUAUUGACUACAAUGAAGACUAGUCCCCAGAUACUAGAUGAGAUCAAACAUGCACAAGGUAGUGAUGCAUACUUAAAGAAGUUACAGAAGAAGGUGCAAGAUGGUAAGACAAGUGAACUAAUCGAGCGAGAUGAUGGAAUGUGGGUUAUGAAAACCAGGUUUACAUCUCAUUUCUGGAAGAGCUUACAAGUGGCAAUGGGAACUAAAUUGCAUUUCAGUACUGCUUUUCAUCCUCAAACAGAUGGGCAAUCUGAGAGAACUAUUCAAACUUUUGAAGACAUGUUACGGGCUUGUGCAUUAGAGUAUAGCGGAAAUUGGGAUGAACAGGUACCACUUAUGGAAUUUGCUUAUAAUAAUAGUUUUCAUUCUAGUAUUGGUAUGCCACCAUACGAGGCAUUAUAUGGGAGAAAAUGUAGAAGCCCUAUAUGUUGGGAUGUAGAAGGGUUGAGACAAUUGGAAGGUCCCGAAAUUAUUCAAGAAACAGAGACAAGAUACAAGUUGCUGUAUCAAGGCCGCACAAGAUAG